GACGCACAUAGGAGUAUUUAACCCAAAAAGUCGAUUAUAAGUCGAAUAUUGCAAAGUACCGAUAUGCAGGUAGUUUCCGCUCCUUGGAAAGCGGAAAGGGUCGUCCGACAAUGUACCGUUAUCUCUCUUUUGUUCUCACUAACAUUCGGUGCACAGUCAGUCGUCUUUGUAACGAAAGUCUGAUUGUACGUAUUUAAUGCGCAGUGAGAGUGAGUCAACUAAGUUGUUAAAAAUAAAUUUUACAUUUAGUUUAAUUGGGAUAAAGCAAGUUUUAGUUAUGGACGUUGUAGAACAAGGAUCUUCUGGUAUUAAGAUCGUGACAAGAGAAUAUGUCUUUCGAAAAGCGAGAGAAUAUUGUGAACCAGAUCUUGGAAAAAACUUAGAAUUAUUCGAGUUUGAAAUAAUUAAUGACUCUUCAUUUCCCAUUGAUCAAAAAGCAAAGUUUAGACAUACAUUUUCUUGUCUCAAGUCUGAAAUGAAGUCUAAAUGGCAGACAGCAAAGCGAACAGAAAGUGUGUUUUUGAAAAAAUACCAUGAUUGGUUACAAGGUACUCUUGAAAUACCGAAAAAUACAAUUCAUAGAGAAAAAUACCACGUGGGGCGGCCAAGCAAAGAGUUCAAAGAAUUAACGGACUGUAGUAAGCGUCGAAAGACAUCACAUUUAAGAAACAUAAAUGAAGCAGAAUCUUUAAUUUAUGCAGGUCAAAUGGCGCUUCGUGAGAAAGGAAACGUGGAUGGUGCUUAUGUGAUAAAAGAUAUUAUGGCAUCCCCAACACGUGGUCAUAAAUACCGUGAAGCGUUCAAAAAAAGCACUACACCUGAAUUAAAAAUUAAGCAACUAUCACCAACAGAGGCUUUGUCUAUGUUUGUGGAAGCUUCAUUGACAAGAAAGCAGUACGAAAUAAUUAGAACAAAUGCUAAAAAACUAUACCCGUGCUACUCGAUUUUACAGAAAGCAAAAAAAGAUUGCUAUCCAAAUGCCGAGUCUUAUUUAGUCACUGAAACCUGUGCAGAAAUUAAAUUACAAGCAUUGUUAAAUCACACUGUUCAGCGUUUUGUAUUAUACCUUGAAGAAGUGUUAAAAACUUUAACGGAAGAAGAGUUAGUGAACAUAGAGCUGACAUAUAAAUGGGGGUGUGAUGGCUCGCAGCAGGCCCAAUAUAAACAAAAAUUUGCUAAUAACAGUGACUCUGACGCAAAUAUUUUCCAGUCAUCGCUUGUGCCAUUACAGUUGAUAAGUAAGAGCAGUAAAAAAAUAAUUUGGAACAAUCCAUCACCUUCUCCGCGUUACUGUCGACCAAUGCGGAUCAGAUUUAUACACGAGACUAAAGACGUAACAAACGAUGAGAUAAAUUACCACAAAGAACAAAUUAAACAGUUAACGGGGACAAAGAUAACUUUCGGGUCUUACGAAAUAACAGUUACCCAUAACUUGCUAUUUACCAUGGUAGAUGGCAAAGUAUGCAACUCGGCAACAAACACAACCUCUGCAAUGAGAUGCUACAUUUGCAAAGCCACAUCUAAGGAUUUUAAUAAACUUGAAAAGUUUAUCGAAAGCGAAACAACAGAACUACAAAAUUUGGAGUUUGGCUUAUCUGUCCUACAUGCUCGCAUCAGAUUUUUCGAGACAUUACUACACAUUUCUUACAAACUACCUAUAAAGAAAUGGCAAGUGAGAACACAGGCCGAAAAAGCUAUAAUUAGAGUGAGAAAGACAAACAUCCAAGAAGCAUUCAAAAAUGAACUUGGCUUAAUAGUUGACGUACCUAAAGCCAAUUUCGGAAACACUAAUGACGGCAACACCAGUAGAAGAUUUUUUAAUAAUAUAGAAAUAUCAGCCAAUAUCACUGGUAUCGAUAAAACUUUAAUAGAAAGAUUUGCAAUCAUUUUAGAAGUGAUAUCAAGUGGAUAUAAAAUAAAUAUUGAAAAAUUUGACAGCUAUUGUCAAGACACUGCUAAGAUGUACGUAGAAUUAUACUCUUGGUAUCCUAUGACAACAACAGUGCAUAAAAUAUUAAUUCAUGGUCCUUCAGUUAUAAGACAUGCCAUACUACCAAUAGGGACCCUAUCUGAAGAAGCCGCAGAGGCUCGUAAUAAACAUUUUAGGAAAUUCAGGGAACAAUAUUCCAGAAAAUUUAGCAGAACUGAAUGCAACAUGGAUGUGUUAAAUAGAUUAUUAUUAACUUCGGACCCAUACUUGACCAGUAUUAGACCCAAAGUGUCUAAAAAAUCAAAACCUUUUAAACCAGAAAGUAGAGAAAUGUUAAUGCCCUUUGAAGUUGAUAAGGAUGAAGAUGAUUUAGAUGAAGAAGAGUAAUUAUUACUUUAGUAAGGGUUUUAAUUAAUAUUUGUAAAUUAUUUAUAAGAAAUAUAAAUGGUGACAAAACAUUGUUUACACUCAUUUCAAAUUCCUACUUGAAAAACUAGCUUAAAUUUUUUUUUAAAUGUUCUUGAUUACAUGAUUAUGACAACAAAUAAAUUUUAGCCAAUAAAUAAUUUUGAUCGACUUUUUUGAUCAAAUACUCCUAUGUGGGACG